UGGAGCAGUUUGAUUUACUGUCUCUGGACCAAAGCCCUUUAAAUUUGUGACAGAUUAAACUUGAUGAAUUUGAAACAUAUUGUAAUCGGUAAUGUAACAUAUUUCUCUUACAGAUACUGGCCUGUAAAGAAGUCCUGCCGUUAAGCACACAAUGGGGACUUGGCUUGUCCUUGAUAUAACUAGUUAUAUUUCAUUAGACAUGAUAGGAAUCCCUGGCAAUCUCAUCAUUUUAUUUGCUUUUGUGCACACCUUUCACAACCAUGGCACAGUAACCACUGGAGAAAUUAUCCUUAGUAAGCUGGCUUUAGCUAAUUUGCUAGUGAUACUGACAUGGGGGCUUCCAAUCACCCUACAGUCUACUGGGAUGUAUGUGGUAUUUGGUGAUUUAUCCUGCCAGAUAAGCCUUUAUCUUUACUGUGUAGGAAGAGCCAUGUCUGUCAGCAUUACAUCCUUGCUAGGAUGUUAUCAGUGUAUUUCUAUCACUCCAACCCACCAACGUUGGAUGAAUACAAAGAAGAAGCUCCUUGACUCUCUGUUCCCAAUAAUGCUCUUUCUAUGGACUUUCAAUCUCAUCAUAAGUAGUACCCGGCUAGCCUACUCUACAGCUUCUAUCAAGAAUGUUACUUCCAGAUACAUUAUGAGCUACAAUUUCUGCUUUGUGAUCUUUCCAAAUUAUCUGAUUUACUUAGGGAAUGGAGUAAUCUAUGUUAUACGGGAUUUGUUCUUUUUGAGUCUAAUGAUGCUAUCCAGCGGUUAUCUGCUUUAUGUUUUCUUCCAGCAUGGUAAACAGGUCAAAUGUAUUCCAAUGCUGAACACCAAACAUGCAGAGAUUCGUGCUGCCAAAGCUGUCUUUACAUUAGUCAUGAUGUACAUAGUCAGUUUUGGUCUAGACAACUUGUUUUGGAUCCUUACUCUCUGUACUUUUCCACUAUCUCCACGAUUUACUGAUGCACGUAUUUUCUUUGAUUCUUGUUACUCUGCUAUUAGCCCCAUUGUAAUUAUUUUAACUAACAGAAAAGUUCAAAUGGGUCUUAAAUGUUCAAGAAAGAAAAAUGAACUUCAAGCUGUAAAGUCUAUUUCAACCUAUAUAGCUAGAAAGAGAUGUUAGUAUUAAGACCUUCAGUCAAGAUGGAAGCUCUUUACUGUUAUGCAAAGGCAGUGUUUUCCCAUGGGUACUCACAGUUUUACUAGUCACUAAGAAGUAAGAAUACACAUGGCUACUCAAUAUUACAAGAAACAUGGAAACCACUUUAAAAUAAUAGGGUAUAUAACCAAUCAGUAGGCCCUGCCCUCUAAACUGCAAAUGACUGGCCUGGGGCGGACUUUUGGCAGGGUGGCAGUAUGUGACAUGUGCUAGAGGUAAUGGCAGUUUCAAAGAUUAUAUCCAAUUAUUUUUUAUCAUUGUCUGCUUAGACCUUGUAGAUGUAUUUUUGGUUGAUUUAAAUCAGAUACAUUGAUCCUUUUUAAUGCUUAUGAGUGCUAAAUAAAUGUGCACCAUAGAUGUGCCACGUUUUAUUCAAUUCCCAUAUUUGUAUAUUGCAUAAACAUGUUUGUGGAGUAGCUUGCACUCUAAUGACCCUGACCAUUAGUAGGGGGAAAUCUGAAGGUGAUCAAUUAUACUCAUAGGCAUGUGCAGGAGGUGUGCCCAGUGUGACUGAUCACACCCUAAUCAUUAUGUGUGGUGCAGAUUCCCCCAACUGCCUGGGCUUCUCCACACCCCUUGUUGGCCCCCCCGCCCCACAAUGCUGCUGGCUUCCCUCCACUCCUUUCUCCCUGGCUGCCUGCGGGGGAUGUUUCAGGAUGGAGAGCAGGUGAAGGUGCUAGUAAAUAUGUAAUUAACCAACCCCUUCCUUUUCUUAAUGAACACACACUUACCUCCCCUUUCCUCUGUUUCUUCUCUGUCUUCCCCCACCCCCUCAGGCCUUCUCUAGACCACUUCUGGUCAAUAUAUUUACCUUCAUACUCAAUUAUAUGUUAUGGUUUUACAUCUACUUGUUACUGGUAUUGAUAUGUUUAUCAAUGUAUAACUAUUUCUUCCUUCAUC